AGCGGCUUUAGGGCGUAAAAGAAAGAAAAAUAAGCCGUAGAAGAGGGCUCUCUCUUGGUGGACCAAUUUAUCAUUUACGACUCCAUUAUCAAACCAAUUAAGAUGGAUCGUUACCAGAGAGUGGAGAAGCCGAAAGCAGAGACACCUAUUGAUGAGAACGAGAUUCGCAUUACCAGUCAAGGCAGGAUGCGCAAUUAUAUCACUUAUGCCAUGACUUUGCUUCAGGAUAAGGGCUCGAAUCAAAUAGUCUUUAAGGCAAUGGGGAGAGCCAUUAACAAGAGUGUAACAAUUGUGGAGUUAAUUAAGAGAAGAAUUGUUGGUCUUCAUCAGAUUACAUCAAUUGGAUCCACCGAUAUAACAGAUAUGUGGGAGCCUCUUGAAGAAGGACUUCUUCCAUUGGAGACCACUAGGCAUGUGUCCAUGAUCACUAUAACCCUUUCAAAGAAAGAAUUGAAUACAUCAUCUGUUGGGUAUCAGCCUCCAUUACCAGCUGACCAGGUGAAGGCAUCCGUAAAAAUUGAUCCUGAAGGAGAGGGCUCAUCUAAUGGUCGAGGUAGGGGCCAUGGUGGUAGAGGCAGGCCAAGGAGUACGGGGAAUGCUUUUGUCUCUGCUGAGUACGAGGAUGGAGGCUGGGAUCGUAAUCGUGGCUAUGCUAGGGGAAGAGGUCGAGGACGUGGACGUGGUUCCCGAGGCCGUGGAGGAUAUAAUGGACCUCAGGUUGAUAGGCUGGAAGAUGGAGGCUACAAUUAUGAAGCCCCUCCCCAAGGUGGCCGUGGUCGUGGCCGUGGCAGGGGAUAUCGUGGAAGGGGCCGUGGGUUUAGGUCUAAUGGGCCAAUGCAGGCAGCGGCAUGAGGUGGUGGUGGCAGUCCUUGAACGUAAUCAGAAUGGUGGAUGCAUGCCCAGUUCAAUGUUUUAUGAUUUUUUUUAAUCUCGUCUUUCAUUUGUUUAGCUUUAGGUCUGUUCAUUUUUUUUUUCAUUGUUCGUUACUAGCAGUUUUUAGGAUGUGUUGAUGGGUAGAGACUAGCAUAGUUGCAUUCAGGUAUUUCUAGAGCGGUGCUGCGUCACGGUACAAGAGGCAGACACUUGUUUUUUUGUUUGUUUAUUCUUGUAGCCAAGGCUGAUGAUAUGUUUGAACAAGUAUAAGCUUUUAUCUGACAGAAAACUUCCCCUUUA